AUGGCCGAUCUGACGGCUCGCGGCCUGGUGCUGGAAAAUCAGAUCCCCGGGGACGCCCACCAGUUUCCUUUUGAAAAAACUAAAAAUAAACAAAAAAGAAAUGAAAAGCAGCUGUAUCUGCUGAUGAGCCACGAUCUACGCGGGGGCAUCGACCCUUUUGCCAGCCACGCCCCAACCCGGCGGCCCUUCUCAGCCACGGUGACGAGGGAAAGGGAGGCUUUGCUGGAGGAUGAAGAUGCUUCUGUUGAUGAACCUCGGCAUGAAAAGGGAAGGAGCUCAGUCAGGCAUAUGAUAAAGCCUAUUGCAGCUGAAAGCAGGAAAGGAGAAGAGGAUGAGUAUGAUUUCGAUGAUGCUUCUAGAAGGAAGAGUGAAGACACGCAAGAGGAGAAGAGAAACACUCAUGGACAUAUCUUAACUCAGAAAGAUCGCUGUUUGUAUUGUUUCGAGAACCCAUCCAGGCCAAAGCAUCUGGUUGUUGCUAUUGGGAACUUCACUUACUUGAUGCUUCCACAGUUUGAGCCCGUUGUUCCUGGGCACUGUGUUAUUCUUCCGUUGCAGCACGAGUCUGCAGCAAGAGCAAUUGAUAGCAACGUAUGGGAGGAGAUCCGCAACUUCAAAAAGUGCCUCCUGCAGAUGUUCUCACAGCAGGGCAAGGACGUGAUCUUCAUGGAGACUGCCAUAUGCUUGGCCAAGCAGCGGAGACACUGCAUGAUUGAAUGCGUUCCUGUGCCCCAUGAAGUUUCAGACAAAGCGCCCAUGUACUUCAAAAAGGCAAUUGACGAAGCUGAAGAAGAAUGGUCCCAGCAUGAGAUGAAGAAGCUUAUUCCAACAAGUGGUAACCUGCGGCAAGUAAUCCCGGAUAACUUUGCCUACUUCCACGUAGAGUUUGGGCUGGACCGCGGGUUUGUCCAUGUGAUAGACGACGAGAGCAGAUUCAGUGCUGGUUUUGGACUGGAUGUCAUCAGAGGGGUGCUCCGCUUGCCAGGGGAGGACAUGCACCGUCGUCGAAGGCAUGCAUCAGUAGAUGACCGGAAGCAGGCUGUUGCCAGCUUCACGAAGGACUGGCAGCGCUUCGACUGGACAAACCAACUUGAAUAG